CCUUCCAGCAAGAGCCUGACCUGCGAGCACUCCCAGCCAGAGUGACCUGUUGCCAAUGACCUCGGCCACGGACCGCAUGGAGCUCGCGGAGGUCGGCGGCGAGGCGAGUGGGUCGGAGCAGUUCUUGGUCCAUGACGCUCGCGCCCGGCGUUCGCCCUGGCGUGCGGCGGGUGGCGCAGGCGUGGCCGCCCUGCUCCUGGCCGGCGCUGGCGCGGGGGCAGCGCGUUUUGCGUUGCGCGGGGCGGCCUCGGACACGGACCGCCUCCAGAGCAAGGUGCAGACGGUGGCCUUGCCCCCGCGCGACAAGUGCGCCAGCACGGAUGACGACUGCUACAGCUUGGGGUGUUGCAACGUUGCGGGCCUGAAUUGUUUCGAGACCAAGCCUGGGAAGGGCAAGUGCCUGAAGAACUGUACUCCCAGCGCUUCCCAGCUGUGCGUUCAGACGCAGCCGAUCAUGGACCCGAUCCUCAAGGAUGCCGACUGGUACGGCCCGUCAUUGUACUGCUUCGCAGUGGUCAUGCAGGACAUCGGCAGCACAAAGAAGAUGUACGACUUGGAGCUCCUACAGGGAGCAUACGAGAGGAGGACCAGCAUCUUCGGGUGCGAGAACUGGGGUGUGUUCAGCGACAAGGAGGGCGAGGUCGGACCUGGCGCUCCGCUCGUGAAGCUGGAGGAUGCCGACGGGGACUUCCACUUCGCGAAGAGAGAGGAGACCGGCACCUGGCUGAAUACGGGCCUGCACUACCAGGCCUGGAAGGCAAUUGGGGAAGCGGGCGUGUACAAGAGUGCCAGUUGGGUCGUGAAGCUCGAUCCAGACGCGGUGUUCGUGCCGAGCCGCUUGGUGUCUUACCUCUCUGGCAAGUUGGUCCCGGCCACCGGCCUCUACCUCGAGAACUGCAUAGGCGUGAAGUAUGGGUGGUUCGGCAGCUUGGAGAUUUUCUCGGCGGUGGCCUUCGAGACGCUCCUGGGGUCGAUGGCCUCGUGCAAGGAAACCGUCGACUGGAAGACGGGCGUUGACGGAGGCAAGUACGGCCCUAUGGGCGAGGAUCUGUUUGCGCAGGUUUGCUUGGAUGCGAACGGUGUCUCCCGUGGAGAGGCAUUCGGCACCAAGCUGGACGGAACUUGCGAGGCCGACCGGCCAACCGCCGAGAAAAAGAAUAAGAAGUGGAAGCCCACGUGCGACGGCGAGAACUUCCCGGCGUACCACCCGCUGAUGAAGCCCGAGGACUAUAUGGCGUGCUUGGAUGCCACCACCAAGGCAUUUGGCUACUGAGCGCCCCAGAAGAGACUGAAGCUGCGCUGCGCCAGGCAGAACGCUCCGCCCGUUGGGCCUGCUUCGUGCGCACCACGUGUGCUGUUUUGGUCGUGCAAGCAUUUUCCGCGCUGCCCUGACCUCGCCUCCCCACAGAGGUGGUGAUGAGGCGCGUCUGAGGCGGCAGUCAGCCUGGCGCUGCUUAAUUACGGGAGACCCCCUUCUUCUGCCUCGGUCGACUGCACGCCCACGGCUGCAGUCGGCCCCGAGCCGCAUUCGUUCUCCCAUGUUCACAUCUGGGCGUUCACACGUUUGUCCUCUGACUUUGGCAAGCGGGCCAGCGAGAGUGUCAUCACCGUAAUUAUGCAUUCCCCUGCCGUGGAUCAGCACCUGCCUUUCCGCGGAGGCCUCUGCGGUGCUCUGAGCUCCCUGGAUUUUUUUCCGACCUGCCUCGCUGCGGCGAGGACGACAAAGAGGACCAUGCGCCCAGGAGGGCUCCCAUGGGGGGGCGCAGUGACGGAGCAGUCCCAGCCAGCCUCCCACGCUCGUUGAGGCUCCCCGCCUCUUCCUGCCCUUCCUGCUUGCUGCCUGCCGUCUCUGCCCCCGGUCCCGCUUCUGGUCCCGCUCCCGCUCCCGCUCCUUCUCCUGCUCCCGCUCCUGCCCCUCGUGCGCGCCCUCCUGCCACGAACGGUGGAGUUAGGCCUGGCCGUAGCCGUUUUUGGCUCGAGGCUCUGCGGCAGUCAGCCUGCCCUUCGAGCGCUCCCAGCCAUAGUGACCUGCCGUCAAUGACCUCGGCCACGGACCGCAUGGAGCUCGCGGAGGUCGGCGGCGAGGCGAGCGGGUCGGAGCAGUUCCUGGUCCAGGACGCUCGCGCCAGGCGCUCGCUCUGGCUCGCGGCGGGCGGCGCGGGCGUGGCCGCCCUGCUCCUGGC